GAGCUUGGGUUUCAUGCCGGCCGCCUUAGCGCCGCUGGGCACCAUGCAGCAGGCCCUGGUGUGGGGCCAUGCGGACGACUGGACCACUGGGCACACAGGCACGCCCAGCUCCUCCCCGCCAGCAGCCUGCGCCUCACAGGCGCCCUCUCUGUGUCCAGAGGUACACUGGGGACCUCAGAUGGACGCUGCUAUAGAAGCCAACCUGGGUGCUGCUGGCCUCAGGCCCCGCACGGAGCUGGACGACGAGGACUACUACCCCCAGGGCGGCUGGGACACAGUCUUCCUGGUGGCCCUGCUGCUCCUGGGGCUGCCAGCCAAUGGGCUCAUGGCGUGGCUGGCCGGCUCACAGGCCCGGCAAGGAGCAGGCACACGCCUCGCUCUGCUCCUGCUCAGCCUGGCCCUCUCUGACUUUUUGUUCCUGGCAGCAGCAGCCUUCCAGAUCCUGGAGAUCCAGCACGGAGGGCACUGGCCACUGGGGACAGCUGCCUGCCGCUUCUACUACUUUCUAUGGGGUGUGUCCCACUCCUCUGGCCUCUUCCUGCUGGCAACCCUCAGCCUGGACCGCUGCCUGCUGGCGCUGUGUCCACGCUGGUACCCUGCGCAUCGCCCGGCCCGCCUGCCCCUCUGGGUCUGCGCCGGGGUCUGGGUGCUGGCCACACUCUUUAGUGUGCCCUGGCUGGUCUUCCCCGAGGCCGCCGUCUGGUGGUACGACCUGGUCAUCUGCCUGGACUUCUGGGAUAGUGAGGAGCUGCCGCUGCGGAUGUUCGAGAUCCUGGGGGGCUUCCUGCCUUUCUUCCUGCUGCUCGUCUGCCACGUGCUCACCCAGGCCGCUGCCUGCAGGACCUGCUGCCACCAUCAGCCUAUGCCCACAGCCUGCCGUGGCUUUGCCCGUGUGGCCAAGACCAUAUUGUCAGCCUAUGUGGUCCUGCGGCUGCCCUACCAGCUGGCGCAGCUGCUGUACCUGGCCUUCCUGUGGGACAUCUACCCCGGCUACCUGCUCUGGGAGGCCCUGGUCUACUCCGACUACUUAAUCCUGCUCAACAGCUGCCUCAGUCCCUUCCUCUGCCUCCUGGCCAGUGCCGACCUCCGGGCCCUGCUGCACUCAAUGCUCUCCUCCUUCGCAGCAGCUCUCUGCGAGGAACGGCCAGGCAGCUUCAUGCCAGCCGAGCCACAGGCCCAAGUGGACCCUGGGGGUCAGACUCUGCCAGGGCCAACAGCUGAGGCCCAGCCACAGAUGAACCCUACAGCCCAGCCACAGGUGAAUCCCAUGGCCCAGCCACAGGCGAAUCCCAUGGCCCAGCCACAGGCGAAUCCCAUGGCCCAGCCACAGCAGAAUCCCACAGCCCAGCCACAGCAGAAUCCCACGGCCCAGCCACAGCAGAAUCCCACGGCCCAGCCACAGGAGAAUCCCACAGCCCAGCCACAGGAGAAUCCCACAGCCCAGCCACAGGUGAACCCUAUGGCCCAGCCACAGUUGGAUUCUGUGGUCCAGCCACAGGCAGAUCCCACAGCCCAACCGCAGUCAGAGUCUGUGGUCCAGUCUCAGCUGGACUCCAUGGCUCAGCCACAGGCAAGCCCUGAGGCCCGGACCCCCGGAACUGCUGCCAGCUCAGUUUCCAGCCCCUGUGAUGAAGCCUCCUCUGUCCCAUCCACAGAUGCCCCACCAGAGGCCCCUGAGGACCUGACCACGCCCGCUGCCUCCACAGGAGAAAGUCCUGGUAGUGACCCCCGAGAGGAUGACCCCAGUGCAGGCCCCACGUGAGCGUCUAGGAGAGCCCGGGCCCACCAGGGCAGAGGAAGAGCCAGAGGGAGACGGAGGAAGCAGCAGUCAGGGAGGAGGGGGGCCGUGGAGGAAAUCGCUGUGGAAAACCCCACCAAGGCCCCGAGGCCUGGCAGGAGGACUCAGGGGAAGUGAAAAUGAAGCGGCCAAAAGUCCCAGAUGGUUUGUUGUGAGCGUCGCGUCCCUGCCCAGGUCCGACCAAGCUCUUCCAUGCUUGCCCCCACCACAGUGGCUCAACAGCCCCCUGAGUUGUCACAGCUGAUGGUGUCCUGCUGGGCCCUGCCCCCAACACCCCCAGACCCCACCAACGAUUUCCUCCUUUGCCUCCAUCCUGCAGGAGAAGACGGCAGGGGGGAUGUCUCCAGGCUUGAUCUGAUCUCCCUUUGAUCCUUCCCUCUCUCCCCUCCCCCGCCCCAUCCUCUAACCUGGGCACGAGGAGGAGGACAAAGGAGGAAGACCCGGCAGAGAAGGGAGGCAUUCAGGAGCCGGCAGGAUCCGGCAGGAGCCCCGGGGCCCUAGGAGCCCACAAGCUGGCCAGGCAUGGCCAAGUCCUCUCCACCAGCUGCCCGCCUCCAGCAGGCUGCGAGGCCAGGCAGGACUUCUCCCAGCAAGCUGUGGGAGCACAGGCGAGAGCUACGAAGCCUGGAUUCAAACCCGGCUCCAGGGGACUCUGGACAAGCGGCUUCACCCUCUGAGCUCCUGUUCCAUCUGCCAUCGUGAGGAUUCAAGGAGAAAGUGUGUGAGGUGCCCAGCAAGAGCCUGGCACACAGUCGGGGCUCAGGGAACAGAUGCUCUUCCCUCACUGGCACCCAGGGAUGCCCCUCGAGGGGCUGGGGAUGGAUAGGAGGAGGCACCUAUCGCAGCAUCUGGGAGCCUGUGAGCUUCGGGGCAGAUCAGAGGUGCCCAUGACCAGUUCCGGCCUGUAGACAUCCAGGUGGCCCAAGAUCAUGGGGCCACCUCUGUGCCUUGGGCAGCUUCAGGGGACUCUAGGUUCUGCUCCAUUUAAGGGUUCAACUAGUGUUCACCUGCCCCCCACUGCCCACCAUGUUGGGGCCCAGAUAGAGUGUCCUGGUCCGGCCUCCGUCUGAGCUCCUUCUAUGCACUCAGCCCAGGGGCAGGGAUGGGAAUGUGUCCAAGCAGAGAGCUCUGGAGACCAGUGGCACCAGAAAAGGCACAGGCCCCCCGGAGGUCACCCAGCGUCUCUUCCCUCUCAAGCUGCAGACGCUGCAAGAAAUACUAGGAAGUGCUGAAAGUCUAUU